AUGAAGCCAUUCAUUUAUCGACCCAUCAACCGGCCCAGGACCAUACGGCUGCUCAAGAUCUUUCCUGGGAAACUUGGGGAGCCGGUCAAUGUUCUCAUCCGGCACGCCUGCAUUGACGACAGUAACUUUCCCAAGUUCUCAACUCUUCCUACACCUGGGGUCUGCAUGAUGAACGACAUCUACCGAAGGGCCGACGAGGUCACUGUGUACCUUGGAGAGGCCCAGGGUGGUGAGGAUCUGGCUAUACAGUUGCUGGGGCGUAUCUACGACCUCGCGAAAAAGCUUCGGGAGGAGAAAUACGCCGAAGAGCAGCGACAGGCCAAAGUCGUGCUUCCCGUCUACCAAGCAAACUAG